UUUAUCAAAAAUAAACAAAAAAGAAGAUUAUCAGCAAUUAUAUUGAGAUGGACAUCAUGAAGUCUGUUCAAAGUUUAUGUAAAUUUUUGCUGAUGGUGAUUUUUUGGGUGCAGGGUCAUAGAUAUCAUCAUAAAAGUUUAUCAAACGACUGACACAUCAACCAAUUUUAAUGAGUUUUUUUUUAACCCUUGAUAAGAUAAUUAUCAUGUUAUAAAUAACCGACAGAAUGUGAUCAAUAAUUUAUUUAGCAAGUUGCUCUUAACAGCAUCAAACAAAAUGUCUUUUUCUGGUACUUUUAUUUAUGAGAGAAGCGAAGGUUUAGAACAAUUGGUAGCUAAAAUUGGAGGACCAGGUGCUGUUGAAAACUUUAAAAUUUUUCAUCGAACAAGGCCACAUGUUAGAGCUACUCGUUCUGGUGAUAGUUUCACCUAUACUUUUUAUAUGUGUGAUGAUAAUAUUAUCAACACUUUUAAAAUUGGUGAAGAAUUUAAAGAGACCACCUACUUCAAAGAUGUUGCUCAGUCAGUCGUAACGAUAAGUGGUGAUAACAUCAUGUAUGUAGUCAGCAAACUUGAGAAUGGCAAUUCAUUUAAUCGUGAAAUAAUAUUUUCACCUGAAGGAUCUAUCAUUCACUUUACUGAAUCGAAAUAUGGAACCAAAGCAACUUCUUGGUACAGACGUAUUUAAACAAUACAUAAACAAUUUUUAAAAAUAAAAAAAAAUGAAAAUUCUCAAUGUUUAAAAGA